GUCAACUCGUAGUCCAGCUAGAACUUCAGCAUUGUGAAGCACAGGCUGGAAGUGUCACAAACAAACUUAAACUUAUCAUUCAAGCGCUCUUAAAAAAAAACGAAAUCGUAGUAUAAGAAGGCCGGGCGCUACUUGGACACUUACUGUCAAUUUGAUUGCCAAAAUAAGAUUUUUAGGGGAGCGCGGCUAAAAAUGUUUUGUGGACUAGUAGCUGCCCAUCUUUGACCAGAACACCCCCACCCUCCCUAUAAAAAAAACAAACACAAAUUUGACUGGAAAAGCUGUUUUUUCUUUGGGGAAAAUAUGCACAACAAUGCUACGAUUUUUUUUCACCGUCUAGCGCGAUGACGUGCAGUAGGCUAUAAACCUAAACUUUGACCCUGCCUUGUUAUUAGUGAACAAGUCCAAACUGUCUCGCGCUACGCGUACGAAACAUAAAUGGCUGGAAUAACACCGUGUCCUUUGCUGUCGGUUGACCCAUCCAGAGGGCUCGUGGAUGAAAAGUUCACGGUACAAGUCAGUAGUUUGCCACCCAUUCAACAGAUCACAUUGCACGCGCAGAUCCAUUCAGACGACGGUGACUUUUGGGAUUCGUUUGGACACUAUGUUAGCGAUGCUUUGGGAGUGGUGAACGGUGCCAAUGAUGCAAGCUUGGGAGGGACGUAUGAUGGCGUUGAACCUAUGGGUCUUCUAUGGAGUAUAAGACCAGUACCAGGCAGUCGACCUGGACUCAGGUUGAGAAAGAAAGAGGUCCAUACUCCUCUGUUAGUCUGCAUCUCUGUGUACAAAGGCCACGUGAGCCAGGGCUUCGGAGAGCAGGCCGCGCUGGCCAGUGUGGUCGUGGAGCGCUGGUACAUGGCACCUGGGGUCAGCCGGGUCGUCUUCACUGAGGGAGGAGUCAGGGGGACCCUCUUCCUGCCUCCAGGCCCUGGGCCCUUCCCCGCCCUGUUGGACUUGUGGGGAGGAGGGGGGGGUCUGGUGGAGUACCGCUCUGCCCUCCUAGCGUCUCGAGGCUUUGUCUCUCUGGCCCUGGAGUACCUCACCAUCAAAACAGCAGACAGCUCCUCCAGAAAUGUAGGGAAUGCCUACUUUGAGGCUGCAUUCAACGUUCUUCAGCAGCAUCCUCAAGUGUGUGCAGACAGAGUUGGCAUACUGGGCCUGUCCUUUGGCACCUCAGUGGCGCUUGGAAUGGCUGUGUACUCCGAUCUGAUCGAGCCCAGGUGUUUGGUCUGUGUGAGUGGGAGCCAUGUCCAGCCCGUCAAAGGAUCCAUAGCUGAUGUGUUUGCACAGAUCGGAAAAAACGUCAGGAACACUCGCUACGAUGAGGAAAAUCGAGUCAUCUGGCGGGAUCUGAUCCUGCCCAUUCCAACAGACCCCUCAAAGAAAGUGGAUUUAGGGCAACUCAAAUGUCCUCUUCUGCUGAUCGUUGGGGAGGAUGACCAGAACUGGCCAGCGUCCGAGUCAGCAGAAGAUAUGAAGCAAAUGAUGGAGAGUGCAGGGAACAGCCACCUCCUGACGGUGCUGUCCUACCCUGGAGCGGGCCACCUCAUAGAGCCUCCAUACACCCCUCACAUACUGGCCAGCAACUUCAUCACAGCUCAGACCGGGGAGAAGGUGAUGGUUCUCUGGGGAGGAAAGACUGUCCCACACUCUUUUGCUCAGGAAGACUCCUGGAGGAAGACCCUUGAUUUCCUGGAGGAACACCUGUACCGCAGUACUUAGAACCACAACCUGAGAAGACAUAGACCUCUCUAGCACCGCACCUCUGAAAUCACACCUCUGAAAUCUCAUCUCUGUCCAUCAUCUACAAUGCCUUUCGUCAGAGACAAGGGUAGACAUGAUUUUAAUUGUAUGCUGUUUGCGGCCUUUAAAAUGAAUGUUUAUUUUCAAAGAAUUUUGAACCUCAUUUGAGUAGAAUUGUCAAUCCAAAAUAGUCAUGGAACCUAUGCAUAACUGUGGCAUAUGUAAAAGGGUAACGUUGUGUGUUUCCCUGGCUAACCUGGUUCUGCUAACAGGCCUGCUCACCUGCAUUCGAAUUCAUUAAUGUAAUAACCUCUUUCAGCCACAAGAGCACCUUCUACUGGCCUCAAACAGAAUUUCCUUGAUCUGCCGGUGCGCAAUAACUUUUUUUUUUUAUUGCCCCUCAUCAUUGUUUUGGUCAAACUGCUCGCCCUACAGUACAUUGAAUGGCAAAACGGUUAUUCACUCCUCAACACCCCAAACCUGAAGGACAUCCUUUCCAAAUACAAGAGUCAAAGACUCUUGUUUCUAUUAGCCUAACUUGCAAAAAACUAGUAAAAUCAUUCAGUAAUUGAUCAGCUUUUAGUUUUUCUCCUCCCUUGUAGGACAAAAGCCAUCCUGGUCGGCCUUGGUUCCAGGCCCUUUAUUGCCUUUAUUUCUGUUGUCACCUGGAGCCACACUGGAUCCCUGCACCUCUUGGUGUCGCUUCAUUUAUCGUUGCAUUCAUCACUUUCAUUUAUGCUGUUCGACAAUAACGUGACAAUGUUUCUUGGCUCCUCUUGGUAUUGCCUACUUAAUUCAUGAUUUUCUUUGCAUUUGACAAUAAAUGCUUCAUUCAUGCAUUCAUCACUCAUUUUAACGUGGCGUUCCAAGGUCGACAAUAAAAUUAGACUGUUUUUUG